UUCCCCAUUAUCAAGGUUUAGGUCAAGAAUCGGUCAAAGGGUCGGGUUCGAGCAAGGUCCUUGGUUCUCUUCUCGGAUCCAGGAAACGGCGAGAUGUUUGCAACGGGAGCGUCGACUCGGCACACAGUCCAGCAUUACACGCAUAUCCAUCCGUUAACGGAAGCUGACGUUACCGGAGAAUUCACGUGCGGCGGCUGCAAAACGUACGGCUCCGGCAAGUCUUUCCGAUGCAACGCUUGCGAUUACGACCUGCACUCAUACUGCGCCACGUGUCCCCCGACCAUCCGUACGUUCAUGCACCCACUUCACGACCUCACGCUCCUCUCACGUGGACCGGAGCUCACGUGCCAGAGCCAGUGCACGUGCAAUAUCUGCGAUGAGUCCGUCGAGGGUUUGUAUUACCGUUGCGAAAUCUGCGACUUCGACGUCCACCCGCUCUGCACCAGGCUUCCCCGGCACGUGAGGCACGUGUCUCACCAGGAGCAUCCCUUGGAACUCAGCCGAUGGGGGGAGAGCACGUGUGUGAUGUGCCACGACACGUGCCGGUCAUGGCGGUACAGAUGCGGCGCAUGCCGGUACGACGUUCAUAUGGAUUGCGUUAGCGUUUUGACGGUGACUCAGCAGAGGGGGUUCGGACCGCAUCCGUACGGACCGUACCCUUACUAUAAUAACCAUCAGGCGGGUUAUAAUUAUCAUCACCACCCAUGUGGGAACAACUGUGGUCCGACGAAUCCCGGUGGAGCCGGGUCGGGGUCCGAUUCGGGUCAUGGGUCGGGUUCGGGUAGGGGAAGAAGAAUGUUCAGGAUUAUAUGGGCGUUGACUAUCGGAGUGGUCUGCAAUGUUGUGGCGUCACCGGUCGGGGAUGUUCUUAACAAUGUCUUCUAACGGUUGAAGUUCUCUCUCUCCACAUCUCAAUGUCGUUUUUUCUUCUCUCUUUCUAUUUCAAUGUUGUUUGUGUUCUGUCUUUAUGUUUUUUUUUCUGUCUUUUUUUUUGAGUAUUUGUGUGUAUUUUAAACUAAAUUAAAGUUGGAGAGAUUUUUAUUUGGUGAGACAUGUGUGGUUCAUACAUUUGGAUAUUAAAAGAAUAUUCACUUCUUUGA